GUGGUUGGUGCUUGUGUCGCUUCCUGUUUCCCGACGAGCGUGAGUACGUCACUCAUAAAUGUGUACGGCACAAGAGGAAAGAUUUGUUUUUGGCAAGCAGGGGGGAGCAACAAACACUUUCUUGCAGUGGACCACCAUGUCCCAAGUCAGGCUCCAGUGAUUGAGUUGAUCCAAUACAUUCUACCCAGCUGACUGGACCCUGCAUGGCCCCUGCAAGGACUUGGCUCCUUUGGGCCCAUUGCCAGGACAGAAUGUACUCUGGUCCAGAUGAGGAGAGGGAGAAAUACUGGGGAGAGCUGUUUGAUCAGCUGGAUCUCAACAAAGAUGGAUGUAUUGACAUACAUGAACUACGUAGAGGGCUGGCGGAUCAAAGACUGUCUAGAGCUUCAUUGGAAAGGAUUGUAGAGGCAGGAGAUACCAAUGAGGAUGGAGUGCUUGAUUUUGAAGAGUUCACUCAAUACCUACGUACCCAUGAAAAGCAGCUAAAACUCAUAUUUCGUAGCCUGGACAAAAACAAUGAUGGUAAGAUAGAUGCAGCAGAGAUCCAGCAGUCUCUACGUGCUGUUGGCUUAGACAUCAGUCUUAAAGCUGCCACCAGGAUUUUAAAAAGUAUAGACAAGGAUGGGACCAUGACCAUUAACUGGAUUGAGUGGCGGGACUACUUUCUGUUUAACCCUCUCACAAACAUGGAGGAAGUGGCACGCUACUGGAAACGUUCAAUGAUGUUGGACUUAGGUGAGCAGCUCACAGUUCCAGAUGAGUUUUCAGAAGAGGAGAAAAAGUCUGGCUAUGUGUGGCGGCAGCUGAUUGCAGGGGCCUUGGCUGGAUCCGUAUCACGGAGCGGGACGGCGCCCUUAGAUCGUCUUAAAGUCUUCCGGCAGGUUCAUGGUUCCUCUCUGUUUAGUGGGAAUGUAUUGAGUGGUUUUCAGUACAUGGUAAAAGAGGGAGGAGUGCAGUCCUUUUGGAGAGGCAAUGGAAUCAAUGUUCUUAAAAUUGCCCCGGAAACAGCUAUUAAAUUUACAGCUUAUGAAAAGAUCAAGCAUAUAAUGUAUGGCAGAAAGGACACAAAAAAUCUCAGGGUUCAUGAGAGAUUUUUUGCUGGCUCGUUGGCUGGUGCAACCGCUCAGACAGCCAUCUACCCACUGGAGGUGGUGAAGACACGACUCACGCUUAGAAAAACAGGCCAGUUCUCGGGAAUCGUUGACUGUGCCAAGCAGAUCCUGCAGAGGGAGGGAUUGGCAGCCUUCUACAAGGGUUACGUUCCUAAUUUGUUGAGUAUUGUGCCUUAUGCAGGCAUUGACCUGGCAGUUUAUGAGACACUAAAGUUUGCAUGGCUAACUAGGAACACAGGAGUGGCAGACCCAGGAGUCACAGUAUUGGUUGGCUGUGGUGCAGUCUCCAGUACCUGUGGGCAGCUGGCAAGUUACCCUCUUGCGCUAAUCCGGACUAGAAUGCAAGCUCAAGCCUCAGUGAAAGGCUCUACUAAGCCAUCAAUGUCUGCCUUGAUUUACACCAUUGUGACCCAAGAGGGUGUGGCCGGCCUGUAUCGAGGAAUUUCCCCCAAUUUGCUGAAAGUCAUCCCUGCUGUCAGCGUGUCCUACGUUGCAUACGAGUACACAAGAAUAGCCCUGGGAGUGGACGUUGAGGGUAGGCGUGAAGGUAAAGGGAAGGUGUAAAAC